CCCACCCACCAUCGCCGAACCUUCUCAGCAGGAAGCUCACCGGGAAGCCGACCAAAAUCCUCAAGAGCUCACGGCCAGCGGCCCAGCGCCUCCUCCUACCACUACAAAUCUACCCGCCAAAUCCACUCCCCAACCCAGUCCAUGCAGCAGCUGAGCAGCGGCGAUUUAUUAGGGGGCCUUAUAAAUACGAAGCGCUCUCGCCGGUGCCAAACUCGGUCAUGGCGGCAGUCGGAGCGGCACCACUGCUCUACCAGCAGCAGGCGCAGGCGGCGGGGGACGGCUGCUACUUCUCUUUCAUGUCCGCCUACUUCUCUAACGGGGAAGCCAGCUCGAACGCCUCCAGCCCAGCGUCCAGCUUCUCGGCCGCGCUCGGCGCCACACCGCCCGCUGCACCGGUGAUCGCCGCCGACCCCGCGGCACAGUUCGACAUCUCCGAGUACCUCUUCGACGAGGGCGCGUUCUCUGCAGCGCUCCCGCCCGUCGUCUCCGUGCCGGCCGUUGACGCGGCUGCUGCAAGUUCGGCGACCGCGGUGACUGCGAGGAGCGCCGAGUCGGCGGCGGCGGCGGAGCGCCCGCGGACGGAGCGCAUCGCGUUCCGGACGAGGUCGGAGGUCGAGAUCCUCGACGACGGCUACAAGUGGCGCAAGUACGGCAAGAAGUCCGUCAAGAACAGCCCAAACCCAAGGAACUACUACCGGUGCUCGACGGAAGGGUGCAACGUGAAGAAGCGGGUGGAACGGGACCGGGACGACCCGGCGUACGUGGUGACCACGUACGAGGGCACGCACAGCCAUGUGAGCCCCAGCACCAUCUACUACGCCAGCCAGGACGCCACCUCCGGCCGCUUCUUCAUCGCCGGCACGCACCCGCCGCCAGGCUCACUGUUGUAGCUCGUGCUUCCAGGGGCGGAGCCAGCGCCCAGCCACCCCGGGCACUUGCCCGGGCUCGUUGGCUGUGAGACAUUGUACAUGCAUGAUAAACAAUAGGCAGAUUUUACUGCUAGUCGUGGUUUACCUGGGCACCAGUGCAUGCACGAUUGAUUCAAAAAAGGUCCACGUAUGCACGUAUGUGAUAAACAAUAGGUUAGCUUAUUUUUAGGGGUAACAAUGGGCUAGUUAAAUUUUC